UGCCAGUCCGGUCCGUAGCCACGAUGGAUGCAAUAUCAUGCCUUCUGUUCGUCCUCCUGUUCGGGACAAGGAUACAAGAAAACACCGCCCUCCAGUGUUACUGCGACCGCUGCAGCGCCAACUCCAGCUGCACGACGGACGGCCUCUGCUUCGUGGCCAUCCGCAAGUCGGGCAGCCAGCUCACCACAGAGCAGCGGCAGUGUGUGCGCGAGAACGAGCUGAUCCCACGAGACCGGCCCUUCAUCUGCGCGCAGUCCGUCAAGCAUGACACAGGCAUCUACCCCAUCUGCUGCAACACGGACUACUGCAACAAGGAGCCCAACCUGGAAAUCAUCCCUGACCCCACCGAGAAGACUCCCCCUAUGGGGCCCGUGGCCCUCGCCGCGGUGAUCGCCGGCCCCGUGUGCGUGCUCUGCCUGCUGCUGGUCCUGGCGUUCUACGUCUGUCACAGCCACAGGGCCCUUGGGGCCGGGGGAGCCGGGGCCCACCACCACCACCACCACCGGGUGCCCAACGAAGAGGACCCCCACAUGGACCAUCCCUUCAUCACCGUGGGAACGACGCUGAAGGACCUCAUCUAUGACAUGACCACCUCGGGCUCUGGAUCAGGCCUGCCGCUGCUGGUCCAGAGGACCAUCGCCAGGACCAUCAUCCUCCAGGAGAGCAUCGGUAAGGGCCGCUUCGGGGAGGUGUGGCGGGGCAAGUGGCGCGGCGAGGAGGUGGCCGUGAAGAUCUUCUCCUCCCGCGAGGAGCGCUCCUGGUUCCGCGAGGCCGAGAUCUACCAGACCGUGAUGUUGAGGCACGAGAACAUCCUGGGCUUCAUCGCCGCCGACAACAAAGAUAACGGGACGUGGACUCAGCUGUGGCUGGUGUCAGAUUAUCACGAGCACGGCUCUCUGUUUGACUACCUGAACCGCUACACCGUCACCGUGGAGGGCAUGAUCAAGCUGUCACUGUCCACAGCCAGCGGCCUCGCCCACCUCCAUAUGGAGAUAGUCGGAACACAAGGGAAACCGGCUAUCGCGCACAGAGACCUCAAGUCAAAGAACAUUCUGGUGAAGAAGAACGGGACCUGCUGCAUCGCCGACCUGGGCCUGGCCGUCCGCCACGACUCGGCCACUGACACCAUCGACAUCGCUCCAAACCACAGAGUGGGAACCAAAAGGUAUAUGGCUCCGGAGGUCCUGGACGACUCCAUAAACAUGAAACAUUUUGAGUCCUUCAAGCGGGCUGACAUCUACGCCAUGGGCCUGGUCUUCUGGGAGAUCGCCAGCCGCUGCUCUAUGGGAGGCAUCCAUGAGGACUACCAGCUGCCCUACUAUGACUUGGUUCAGUCCGAUCCGUCGGUGGAGGAGAUGAGGAAGGUGGUUUGUGAGCAGAAGCUUCGGCCCAACAUUCCCAACCGCUGGCAGAGCUGUGAGGCCUUGCGGGUGAUGGCGAAGAUAAUGAGGGAAUGCUGGUAUGCCAACAGCGCCGCCCGACUCACCGCUCUCCGGAUCAAGAAAACCCUGUCUCAGCUCAGCCAACAGGAGGGAAUCAAGAUGUAGACAUAACUACCAAACACACACACACAGAGACACACACACACACACACACACACAGACACGCACACACCUCUGACUGGUAUCCAUAUCGUUAGCAUUAUGAUCUUCAUCACCAUCAUUUACUUUGAAGAGAAGCGAAGACUUCUCUUCCCCUUGUGCUCUUAUUUUUUAUUUUUCUCUCAUCGUGUUUCAUUCAUUGACAAACUGCUGAGUCAUGCACCUGGAAGCGAGGAGCCGUGUGUGUACGUGUUUGUGUUGCGCUGGGCUGUCGUACACACACAUGAACGGCUGGAUGGACGGAUCAAACGACGGAUGGUCACGCCUAACAUCCACCUCCUCACGAUGUCUCCGAAAGACCCAUCAGGAUUCAAGCCCCGCCUCCACCACUCAUCACCCAGAAAAAAACGACACACGCUGUUUACCCUAUCAGGUAAACAGAAGGCCAGCUGGGCUGCUGGGAAUUCACCUGGGAGGUUUCUGAGCUGCCGGAGCUUUCACUCUCAUCGCCUCACAUCUUCAUCAUUACUCCCCACCUACUCCCAUUUGUAUAUUUGCAUUUCAUUCAGAGAGCUGAGCUGCUCUUCAGUAGGGCUGCAAAGUGCUCAUUUACAUCUUUGAAUAGUGUUGUGAAUCAUUGGUGAAAGUCCUCUUAUUAGAAACACAAAAUGUGUUAAAAACCAAAUGAAACUAGUUGUGUUAUUAGAUGAAUUAUUAGAGUCCUCGUUACUGAGAGGGAUUCACUCACAUAGUGGUGAGUAAAGCAUUUUAAAGGAAUGGGCAGUUCACCAGUUUGUCAUUUAUUUGGGUUCUAAUCUAAAGUCAAGCAGGCAUUUUUCUUUUGAAAAAAUUAUUUCCAUUAUGCAAACGUAUACUUUUGCACAUUUGGUUCAACGCUGCUUUGUGAACACAGAGGGUUGGAGAUCUGUUCUCGGCCGCUGGUCUCCUGCUAUAAAAAGGGAGUAACAGAACGAGCUCCGACACAAUUUCCCCUCAAUCUCCGAGCCAACGGUGACCAGUCAGAUCGGUAGAAUUUUUUUCCGGGACGAUUGGACAUAGAAAAGGUUUUUCGAUGUAAAGCGGUUUGCAGCCCUACUCUUUGAGUCGUGUUCCAGUAGCAUCAGUAACUGAAGCUUGGACCCUGGGGGUUACGGGACAGGUCCGUAAACCCCCCCUCUGUUGGUCUUCAGCUGUUCAUCUAGUCGAGUUGUGAGCAGAAUCUUUCAUCUCUGCAACAAAAAAAAAAUUCUUCAUUUGUUACUGUUAUAUAUCCCGUCUCCCUCCCUUUGGUCAGGGAGUCGGACAGGUCAGUUUAAUUUAUUGUUUUUUUUUUUUUAUUUCUUUCUGGUGUCAGGGGUUAUUUUUUUAUUUUUUGCAAAACGAAACUGGACAUGAUGACCUCAUUCUUUGUUUUUUUGGGCAAACAUGCUGCAACAUAUGCAAUAUACAGUAGAUAAAUGUGUCUAUUUUCUAUACUCGGCUCUGCUAAACCAUAAACAGCAAGAACAACAACAACAGGACAACAAUCAGCUGCCAUCAUGCCUUCCAAAGCCAGCUGCAACCGGAAAGUGCCAGCGCUUUAACAACCCAAACUCCUCUCAUGUCGGCUGCUGUGGAGUGUUCUUUGCUUUGGCGCGUAUGCAGCUCUGUCUGUGCGUGUGUGUGUGUGUGUGUGUGUGUGUGUGUGUGUGCGUGUCCGAGGAAGGAGCCAUACCUGAGCGUACAGCGAGCUCGUACUAUGCACACCCCAAGAAGAAGGGACGUAAUGCAAGGAGGGACACACACACACCGCCGUUGCAGCACCCACAAGCCAGCCGACUCUCUGGUGCCAUUUUGUCAAACCCCCCCCACCCCCACCUGAACAUCCGAUCACCUCAGCAACAACUCAUCGUACAGCUUCUCCUCCCAGCAGAACUGAGCCUGGAAACCGAGCUCCAGCACCUCGACCUGUGUUUAGUUUGAAAAUACGAUGCCACCGAAAAGCCUCCAUGCAGCUUUUUGAAAAAUACACACAAAGACUUUGAUGUUGCCCUAUAAAUGUAAACUCUUGGAUCUCAGAUUAUUUGUUCUUCUCCCGCGCCAAUGCGAAUCCACCUUUUUAAGCAUUUCCUUCUUUGUAGGAUAAUCAACAACGAUGAGGUACAUUCAUUAAAAAAUAUAGCAAACGGAGAUUUACUAAGCCAUAGAUUUUCCAGGUUAUGUGUUUUAUUUUUUUCUUCUUUUUUUGUUGUGGCAAAGGACUUUUUCUACUAGAAUGUACAUUCACUCAAAAGAAAAAGAUAAAAAAAACACACGUAAAAAGGACAAUUUUGUCAUUUCAGCUUAGAAAGCCUUAAGGGACCAACACAUAAGAGUCAGGAUCUGAUCUUAUUAUGUUUUUCUUUAUUGUUGUUUUUUUAAUGAAAAAAUUAUAUAUAUAUAUGAAUUAAUUGCUAUGAUAAAGUUUGUGUCAUUAUCCUAUCUAAAGGACAAAAAAAUGUAUGUAGCACCUGAUUUAAGUUUGUUUCAGUCAAGUGUUCGUCCUGUUGCCUAAAUUGCCAUACACCUAAACCCAUUCAGUCUUAUUUAACAGAUUGGCUUGUCCGACUUCCACCAAAAGCACUUGUCUUUUAACACACAAGUCCAAUUGGAUUCAGUCUCUGAUUGUUCAGUAAUAAGUGCACUUCUGAACCACCGUGGGGGGGGUUUACCUGUGUGGCAAUUUGAAUGUUGGUGUGGUCGGCCUCCCAUUGUUUUGUUUUGUUUUUCUUUAUGGAAACAUGAUGUAUUGAUGUGCUGCUACUUUGUUGUUCCGCCUCGCUCUCCCCGUUGAGGCGAAAGCUUCCGUUGGAUGUAAACCCUCAGAUCGCCCUGAAUCUGAUCAUCCUGUGCCAUGUUGCUCCGACACGAAUCCAGCCCCUCGUCAGUUGGAGGGGAGCCUCUCUCCAACAUCCACUGAAGUCAGUCAGCCGCUCUAGUGUUCAUUUAUAAGCAAAACGCUGCUGCCCCCGUGGAUGUGGUACCCUCUAUACAAUACGUAUUUUCAAGAGUACGGAGGGGGUCAGGGAAAAGACAUCCAAUUACGUUUGAGCUGGUGAUUUGUUCCGGCCCGUAUCUUAACUGUAAAUGUAAAAACAAAUGUUAUCAUAUGUCAAAGAAUACAAAGUUCACCUGUAGAGCAUUUAAGUCCCAGGUAAUGUCACCGAUCACCAGUCCGAGAAACCUCAGUGCCCAUUUCUUUGCAGGCAGCACUUCUUUUGUUCACAAUUCAUGGUUUCUCGCAGCCCAUCUGAAAUUUAUGGGGGGGGGAAAAACUUUGUGCUUCAGUUCAUUACCAUUUUAAAGCAGCACUGAAUUAAAACAAAACCCCUCCAGAUCAAAUUGAAACAAACAAAAAAUGUUGCAUAUCUAUUUUCCUGAAAAUACCAUAAUCAGUGAUUCUCUCGUCUUUCUUUAAGAGAAUUUUGACUUUUAUGAGACAACCCCAACGAAGAGCAGACAAGUUGUGAUGGACCCAACGUGUACUUCCACUGUGAAUGAAGUGUUCUUUAAAUGUGUAGAAACGGUCAGCGGUGGCAGCAUUGGGGACAUUAUUGUAAAUAUCUUGCAGGGUUAACAAAAGAACAACGCUGUCCUGAUGUUUGAAGAAGUGAAUAUUGCUGCUACCUGAAAUACAGAUAGGGUGACGAACUAUGCUGAACUUAAUGUUAAAUGUGUACAAAAGUGGCCAAACUAGUAGAGAAAACUGGGGCCAAGGAUUGAUCCGACUAAGCCAUGUGGGGUUGGGGGGGCGGGGCCUGCUGGGCCUCUUGUAUGUGUAUUCCAUCAGCAAUGUCAUCCUCUGGGACAUUAGCAACAACAUUAGCUCAACAACACCUCUGGUUUGCCUCUACUAGGACAACUUCAUUCUGUCUUAAAGUCACCAGCAGCCUUGUACUUUUUUCUUUUUCAGAAACCCAGGAUGACUUAACUGUAAAAAAGAAAAAAAAAAAAAUGUGUUUGCACCCAGCGGUUUUUCUCUCGUGGUCUUUAAAAAGCAACCUCGAUGCUAUCUUGCCUUUUUUUUCUCUCGUCAUUCCAUGUUCUCUAAUUGACUUAACAGAUGUCAACUCGCUACAAGGGCCACACCUCACAGCAGCCGGCUUCAUACCGGGUGAACCAACCUCACAUCCAUCCUGCCUUCUUUUUAUCUCUAUAAACUGGCAUCUUUAGGCUGUUUGAAACCAAACCAGUGCGUUCCACGCGAUGAAUCUUACAAAUGGGGAUAACAUCGAAAUAGAAACGCCGUAGCACUCGGCUCCCUGUAAUUAUACACUAGAGCAGGGUCUAUUUGAUCCUAAGUACAAAACUUUAAGUUGCUAACGAUAUUAAAUGUCUAUCCUGGGCACUGUAGUCGCACCGAACUACAUUUGUACAGAGCCUGUUCCAAGAGGAAGACAAAACUUUGUAAAAUGGAAAAACGUUUUUAAUUCUCAAGCUUGAAGUCUUCAGCCCAAACUGACAUCACUGGAGGGCAUUUAUCAGACUUCACAUAGCCCCUAAAGGCUCUAUACUACUUAUCCCCAAAUCAAUAGAAACACUUUGAUUUGAGUAUAAUUGGUGGACUUUAUGUUCAACCUCUGCUUGUCCAGAGAGCUUGUUGGAUGCCAAAAUAUGCGUCCUUUCCAAAAAAAACACCACUUGGACAAAGACGGUAAACACCUUGUUGACUGUCCGACGGUGUGCUCUGUUAUCUCCAUGUGUAAGCCAUUGUUCGAGUCUUCUCCUCCUGGACGUAUAUGACAGACGGAGCCGGGCGACAUGUCUUAUGCAGGUUAUUUGGGUUUGGCAAACGUUUUUUUCGGUUAGGUGUUUAGAUUACUCUGGGGGGCGUGGCCUAUUUUAGAAUGUCGCACAGAGAACCGGCUGUACCUCGUCUCUGAGAAUCCUACCUUGCCUUCUCUCUCCUCCGCCAGGGUUACAGAGGGAUAGGGAGCCCACUGUUCACUGUUGAUAUGCAGCCAACGUGCAAUUUCAAACCUCGGUUCAACGUCAACACGGCUGAACUCAGCAGCGAUGUGGCUGAGCCUUUUAGUGACUCAAACCCAAACCAGUGAGUUCGUCAGGUCCGGUCCAAUAUGCAGCCUUUCUCAUGCUUUAUUCUUCACGCCCAGUGAAGGUAGACGUUUUUUUGUCCUCUGCUCAGUGUGCGAUGAUGGAGGGCCGAAACAGGGACGGUAACAUAAACUAUGCCAGCAGCUCUACGGCUCCAAACCACGCACUGACAAAUUCCCACAGCUGUGAAUGUACCGAGUCUCCAACCGAUCCGAGCACAACUCGAAGGUCGACGCGACAACUUGGCGAGCAUGCAAACACCCCGGGUCCUAUCGCGUCUCUCUCUCGUUAUGCAACGUCCGGGACGACCGUGCUCAGUCCCUCUGGAUCACACAGGUCCACCAGGCCUACCUAUGCUAGCACCAUCCACACACUGUGACGAGGAGCGCGUCCCGGCCAAAGGAUCAUCAUGUUCUCUCUUCAAGGUUAGCCCUCCAUCGACUCAGAGACCGUCAACCGGUGGAUGUGACGGGUGGUUUGGGUCACCAAAGGGUUUCAGUUUUCCCGCUCUGGUCCGAUGAUCCGGCGUGGGCCCUCCGUGGCAACACGGGUAGUAGCAAGAAAGCUUUAUCAUGUUUUAUUUGGUGCCUAAGUUUGACGAGACUUCUUUUUUUGCCGUUCACCACGAAUGACUAGACCGCAUGAGAUUGUGUAUCUGCAUUACCUGCUUUAUAGAUGUCAUCCAAAAGCUGAGAAGAAUCUUAAAGAAAAAAGAAGCAUAAUUAACAUAUUAAAAAGGUCACUUAAUCGAAAAGAAAAUACCUCCUUUCAAAGACCAAUGUGUUUUACCUCACUGUGUAUAUAUUCUCAAUUUGUUUACUCCGAGUUUGCAAUUUAUCUUUCUCUUUUGUUUCUAUGAAAUGCUUAAAAAAAAAAAAAAGUUGAAGAGAAUAAUUGUUUGUGUUCUUUUCAACGGUACUUUUUUUUUGUCAGAUGGCAUUGUAUUGUGUUUGUGUUGUACCCAAGCAGUAUACUCUUCUCCUUUUCCAUGCUCUGUGUAUGACCCGUCGGUCGUGUUCUGCGUGAGCUGUACAGUCAAAGCGCUUUACAAAUGUCCAAGCCCCCUCUUCUGAGCUCUGGUACAAAUGCCUUGUUCAAUAUGUUCUUUUAUGUUUCAUGAAAAAAAAAAAAAAAAAAAAAAAAAAAAAGAGUCAAGGUGGAGGUGAGGGGAGGGAAUGCAACGCGAAAAAAAAAACCUUGACAACCGCUGAACCCUCCUCACCUGGACCCUCUUGCAUUUCUAAACAUAUUAUAAUCUUGACUUUUUUAUAUAUAGUGUGUACAGAUGAUUAUGAAUGAGAGAUCAACAUAGGAACUAGAGGAUUGACACUUAUGUUAACUUCUAACAUAGCUGGAGUAGAAAAUGGUGUGAAUAAAGAAACAAAGUUUCACU